CGUCACAUCGAGCGGACAAGGCUGAGCUCAGAAAUCCAGCCAAGUCCAAAUGUGAGGCGCGCGCCUCCGGCCGCCAAUGUGGAGAAGGAAGCUUCCGGUUUGUCGGACGGACGGUCGCUCGGUCAGAAGGAGGACAAAAAUGGAACGGAAACAAAAAAAAGGUUAAGGCUCUCUCUGGCUCUUACCUCCGACUGCCACGACGAGCAACCAUGGCGAUGAACAUGGGACCAUUGCGGGUCGCUGCGGCAGCAUCUUUUGCUCGGGUACAGCCGACGGGCACAGUACGGUCCAUUGUGACGCUCGCAAGCCGCGUUGGUCACCUGCAUUGCACUUGCUGCUGCUGCUCCUCUCGCUCCUCCCCUCUCCCCUCAAAGGGGAUCUGGUCCCGAACAAGGCGGUUUGCAACCGAGCCGAGCGCCGGUGUCAGGGCAGCCAAGGUACCGCACCAAGCACUACUCUCGGUGGAAGGCCGGGACGCCAUUAAGCUACUCCAAGGCCUCGUCACCAACGAUGUCCGGAGGCUGGAGGCUGGUGGCGAUGCCUUGUACUGCGCCUUCCUCAACCCGCAGGGGAGGAUGAUAGCGACGGCCUUCCUGCACCUCAUUGCCCCCGACCAUGUUCUGGUCGACACGGAUGCGCGUACAGCAGAGUCGCUGCUAGCCUUCAUCAAACGCUUCAAGGUACGCUCCAAGGUCAAGCUGAGUGAUGUCAGCCAUGAGUACUCCGUCUGGGCUCUCUGGGGUGCCGGCUCCGAGGAAGUAAUCGAGCAGCUCAAGGGCGAUGGCAGCGGCAUCGUUGUCCUCAGCAGAGAUGGACGGACGCCGGAGAUGGGCCAUCGACUCCUGGCAAAGGCCGAGGCACAACUCCCUGCCGCUAUCACUGGACUCGCCUCCUCGACAAACACGCAGCAGGACGCAUACACGGUGCAUCGCACCCUCCAGGGUAUCCCCGAAGGGCCUCUCGAGAUCUUGCCGAAUCAGAGCCUUCCACUCGAGGCAUCGCUCGACUACGCAGGUGGCGUCGACUUUCGAAAGGGCUGCUACGUGGGCCAGGAGCUGACGGCGAGGACGCACCACACGGGCGUCGUCCGCAAGCGCGUCGUUCCCGUCAGCCUGUACUCGCUUGGUCAAGCGCCUCAACCACCGGCAGCGCUGGCGUACGAUGAGCCUAGUGCGCAGCAACACCUGCAGCCCGACAGCGGUGCCGAUGUCCGGUCGGUCCCCGCGGCUGCCUCUUCUUCUUCAGCUGCAUCAGAGGCCCCUGCUAGACCUGCACGAGGAAGGUCUGCAGGCAAGUACCUGUCUGGGAUAGGAAAUGUCGGCCUGGCCCUCCUGAGGCUUGAGCAGGUCGCGCGAUGGACCGAGCCCGGAAUCGAAGGCGCGGCCGACACAGACGGCCUCUUGAUCAGGACCAAGGUUGGUGACGAAGACGUCGGGAUGCGGCCGUGGAUCCCAAGCUGGUGGCCAAAAGCCGAGAGUGAAGGGAGGGGCAAGCCAGCGGUAGGCGUGGGCGAACAUGGCGUUCCAGAAUGAUUUGUGGACAAUUCGAAAAAGUAUGGUACAAAUACAUAUGAGAAUGGAAGCCACAGCCAGAGCACCGUAAUCAUCUAAUCGGCGUCCUCCAACUCCUUCCUGCUCUUUGCGGCAACCUUGUCAAGGUAUUCGCCAAGUCUUGUGACCAGAUCUGCCUUGUUUCCCGUCUUUGGUAGGCGGUAGUACUCGCACGCUGCCUU